AUGCCUAAGAAUAAGGGAAAAGGAGGAAAGAACAGAAGAAGAGGAAAGAACGAGAACGAGCAGAAGAGAGAGUUGCAGUUCAAGGAGGAUGGUCAAGAGUACGCUCAGGUCAUUAGAAUGCUCGGCAACGGUCGUCUGGAAGCACAAUGUUUCGAUGGCACCAAGCGUCUCGGUCACAUCAGUGGUCGUCUAAGAAAGAAGGAGUGGAUCAACUCUGGUGACAUCAUCCUGCUGCAGCUGCGUGAUUAUCAGGACGACAAGGCCGACGUCAUCAUGCGUUACACCAUCGAUGAGGCUCGUAGUUUGAAGACUCUGGGCGAGCUUCCAGAGACUGCCAAGAUCAACGAAGCCGACACCUUUGAUGAGGCUGACGGUGAUAUUCCAUUCGAGUUCGUUGCUGAUGAUGCAAUUGAUAUCGAAACCCUCUAG